AUACUCCUUUAGUGAAGUGCACACAGCUCAACCGAGUCCAAGUUGUACAUUACGGUUUUAAUUUUAAGUCGUCCGCAGUGAGUGAAGAAACGCGUCAGAAAACGUUGAAUUGAAUUAUUUACUAGCGUUUAUGUGAAUCUUUAUCUUUGUCAUUAUUGUUGUGUCAAAAUACCGUGUUUAUUGGUAUUUAUUGUUGAAAAAAUCCAUAAAAUUACGAACAGAAUUUGUGCACAUUGCAAAAGAUAAUUGUGAACGGCUGUAAAAUUACCGAUAAAAUAUGGGCUGUUUUUGGUCAUCAGAGCCCCCUGAAGGUAAUGUGCACAACAGACUCGCCAAUGCUAGACUAUCAUCCACACAUCAGGUCUAUUCCUACAGUGAAACUUACGUAAGAGCCCAGUCUAGACCAACAGGCUUGAACAAACCACGGCCAUUAUUCGGAGAAUUUAAAUGCUCUGCUUGUGGUCGCACUUGGAGUAGCAGGCUUUGUUGGCCUAAUCGCUACCAAAUUUGCAGCCGCUGCAAGAGACAUGUGUAUCCAUACAAUCAGAGAGAGUUACGAGCUUCUGAUAUCACAGAUUCGAAAGGCAAACAAGAACAUAAAAAAGAACUUUGUCAGAUGUGUCAACAGUUGGGAAACUAUUGUGGAAAUUAUGGUAAAAAUAAUUCGCGUUCUCGCCAGAGAAAACUAACAUAUUGAUUCAGAAACUUGAUCAGCACCAAUAACAAAUUGAAAAGUAAACCAUACAUACAUAAGAACUUAAAUUGAUAAUAAUUAUUAAGUAAGGUGGAUUCGGGUAAUUUCGAAACGAUUUUUGAAGAGUUGGCGGGAUAUUUAUAUUUUCAUUCGACUCUAGAAUUGUUGAGGCUAAUGCUAUUAAUUUGCGUCACUUUAUUAACUUGAAUAUACAGUCUAAAACUCUAUUUCAAAGACAUAAAUAUCCACGGUAUUUAUAGAUACAAGUAUUUAAAACACUGAUUAUUUUUACUUUGUACAAGUGCAAUUCCGAAGUGUGUUCGGGUAAUUUUGAUUUUAUUUACUCGUGGUUUGUGUAUAUGGACCAUACCACUUUUUCGUUCAGAUGUACCUUCAAAAAGAAAUAUUUCCUGAUUUUAAACUCUUAACAGCCAAAUAAUAUGUAUUUGUUAUAUUUGUAUUUCGGAAUUACCCUACAAGCUGUCUAUGGUAGUCAUAAUUUUACUAAGUAGGUACACCAUUUGUACAAGUAUAAAAGUGUUUGAAAUAAAAGUAAAAGUAAUAAAAUUUAAUCAAAAUGAAGCAUGUAAUGGAAUCAUUAAGAUUCAACAUAAAACGGUACGACUUUCCAUUUACUCCCAGCGAGUUUGGUGUUGAUACGUAUUUUUACAGAAAGGUUACAUUUUUAUAAGCACACACACAAAGUUUCAAUAUGCGGAAACACGUAUUUUUUGAGAAAUAAAUUAAUAAAAAUCACUUAUAUUAACAAUAUUUUGCUGUUUUUUUUAACUGGCUUUACGGCUCUGGGUUCUAGCCUUUUUGAGCCUACUUUAUUACGAAUUUCCAUUGACAUUCGUCGAAUUGAGGGGAGAGGGGGGGGGGGGAGAAGAGGUGUAGGGGGACUAAUUCAGAGGGAUUUCUGUAUAUAUUUUGAGACUGCAACGUCUCCGGCGAUGCGGGAAGAGCAGCCUCUACGCCUUUGCGUAACAAAUCGCAGGCAUCCCUCCUCGCCUCCGCAGCUUCGUCUUGUUGGUCGCCUUCGGCGACCAGCCUCAGCCGCUCCAGCUCGUCCGAUGCCUACGAUUUGUUACAGCCGGCGGAGGCUACUCCCCCUACGCGCCCCCGGUUCUAUAUAACCACUCUAGGGGUAGGACAGACUCGUACCACGUGGAGUCGGGGUCAAUAAAUUUGGUUCUUUGACAUAAGUAGAACCUAACCUAUUUUUUUUAGAAAUCCAUUUUUUGUGAUAUCACGACAGCUUACUAUUAGAAUCGAUUUAAAAAUCUAUCUUUUUCGGAAAGAAUCGACAUCCGUACUGACGACGACAAUGACAUUACAAAAUGGCGCCAGUUUUACGCUAGGAAUGUAACAUAAACAUUGCAAAAAUAAUUAAUUUUCAAAUAAUGUUUUUUCUCAAAAAGUACGUGUUUCCGCAUAUUGAAACUUUAUGUGUGUGCUUAUAAUAGUGUAAGUUUUAUGUAAAAAUACGGAUCAAUCCCCAACUCGAUGGGAGUAAAUGGAAAGCUAAGCCCAUAAAACAUACAAAAGUAAGAGAUAUAUUCACUUAAGCGUAAUAAAAUAAUAAGUAAGAUAUUUAUACUUAAGUUUUAGGCUGAAAAACGAAUGAAAAUAGGAUAUUUUUUAUAUUUAAAGUAAAAUAUCAUAAUUUUUAAUUUUUAUAUUAAGACUCGGUCAAAAAUGUGCCUGUAGAUUCAAUUAUGAAGUUUACAUAACACAUUUUUAAUAAACAUUCAUUCAACUGUUUCUGUCAUUGCUUUUUUUUAUUAAUAAUGGAUGCAGUAAUGACUUCCGCACCUUUUGCUAUAUGUUUAGAAGUAAUGAUUUUAUUAUCCUGGUGUAUUUUUUCAAGCAAAAGUUCUUCAAACUGUUAUAUGUAUCUUAAGUUAUUAGUUAUUUCAGGUUUCCUUUUUCUUUAAUCUUAAAAUAAUUACUUUGCAGGCAUUUUGGCAACAUCAAUAAUGUUGAUUUUGCUACAAAAGGCAUACUUAGUUUGCUCAUCUGUUUUUGAUAAACUAUUCAAAGAAAUCACAUUAUUUGCAUUAAUAUCUUGAUCAAGAAUAUGUAUUUUUUCAGCAAUCUUAAAUGCGUUACAUUGAAGUUACAUUAAAAAGAUGUAACUGAAAGAAAAAAAAAUCUAUUUAAAAUGAAUUGGGAACCACUGAUCAUCUCUUUGUAAAGUCAUUAGCAGGGCAAUUCCGCAUGGUUCAUAAUUUAGAAUUACCUGUGUCGAUUUAUUACGAAAAUAACAAAAAAUAAACCUUCAGCCAGGCCUCUGUCACUCUUGCUACCUGCGUGAAAUAAUUACCUACAAUCGCGAGCUGCCCCAGGGGUAGAUCGCAGUCGGGGCUAGCGCGCUAAUAUUAACGAUGUUUACAUAAAUAAUUUUUUGUAAAUAGUUGUUGAAAUACUCGUCGAAUUAGUAUUUCUUUAGUGUUUAGUAUAUUUAAUUGUAGGAUAAAAUAGUUGAAAAAGUUUUAAUGUAAUCUAAAAAUAAUAUAUACUUAUAUGUAUAAUAUUACCUAUCUAUUUGAUAAAUUAUAAUGGCAAAACGUCGUUCCGACUAUAAUUGUUGCGGGGAUGGAUUUUUUGAGUUAUCGAAGGAUAAUGUAAGGUAAAUUUAUUUCAUUUAUUGUUAGAUAAUUUAGUUCACUACCCAAUUACCAACUACUUACAUAUCUAUACUCGUUUUUGUAGUUAAAAUAUUUUUAGAAUAAUAGCACAAAAUACUGAAAUUAAAACUUUGUUUACAAGAUUUUCAACUACGAUAAUAUUUCUGUUAGGAAUCGUACCUAUUUCUGGUUUAUUUGUUGUUACGCUAUGUACCUAUACGAACCAAGAAUCGCGAUUCCCGAUGAAUGGCCUUACAAGUUGCAUGCGUUGGGCAUCACAGAAUUCACAUAGUAGAUAAUAUGGUCGAUUAUAGUCAGCAUAGGUACUUUACCUAAGUAACUUACCAUUUCACAAUGUAUUUUUUUACUGUUUAUUAACAGCCCUUAACAACCACGGAAAGUAGAAAGUUGGGACGAUACUAAACAUGUUGACAUACUUUAGGCUUUCCGGAGUUUUGGUGCUUCAAAUCAACGAUAUGUUCUUUUACUCGGAACUUUCAUCCAAGAUGCGUAUAAAACCCGUAUUGCCCGUAACAUUAGUUUUAAUCCAUGUGUAGCAUUCAUUAUUAUAGAACUGUAUUUAAGAAAUUUUCAAUUCUACUCGAAGUAAAAAAAAAUUAUCUUCAUGGUGCCAAUUGAUAUUAAAUAGGACCAAUGAUAUGUAUAAAAUGUUUCAAAUAAACAUUAUAUUACUUUGUUAAAAUUAAAUUAACUUUAGCUAUGAACAAAUGUAAAGAGUAAAAUGUAAAUAAUAAUAAUACGUUUUGAUUUCAAGACUAUUUACCUUUGUUAUGUAUACAUCGGAAUCGGAAGACACGCCCUAUAUAAAAAAUAGAAGCUGUUUCUAGACAUAUAUAUUCACGUGUUUCUGUAGCAUGUUACAAAUCAUCUACGUCUAAUAGUAUUUUACAAUGAAAAAAAAUCUUUGAUAUAGACAUAUAGAGACAUAGACACCGAGGUGACUCUAAAAAUGAUCGAAUUUUUCUAAAUUUGGCACGGAACAGCAUUUAAUGAUGUUCCUAAAUUCAAGCGCAUGCGAGCGAAGCCGCGGGUAAAAAGCUAGUAAUAACUAUGUAGGCUAUUAAAACGUCGGCAAGCAGUUAACAUCAAAAGAGUGCAACUUAUGUACUUAUUUAUUCUGUGCUUCAGCUACGAUGUCCUGAGCCUACUCAACAGUGCACUAAAACUAAAAUCUACCAAAUUAAAAACAACCAAUUAAAAUAAUCUACGAGAUAUUUUUAAUUAUAGAUCUUCGGGUAAAUCCGACAAUCUUAAGAAUGCGCAAAAUAUUACUCGUUAACUAAAAUAUCGUAAUAAACAACAAAGCUCGCUCAUAGCACAAGAAGUGCCAACUGAAGCGCGGUAGCGGAAGCGGGCUAAGAUAGCGCAAAAAUUUCUCGAAAUAUGUAAUUAUUUGAAUACCCUAAUUUUCGGAGUUAGCCGAAUGCACCUUACCAGAUAUAAAGGGUCAUAUUUUUUCACUUACAUAAGUAGGUAUAUAUGAUGACAAUAUAAUAUAAUUAUAUAUUUUGCAUUUUUAAACUAGUAUCCAAGAGUAGCAUUUAGACAUAUUGCACGGUUUGUUUUGCCUUUAAAUUUCAAUGAAUCAUUCUAAAUUCAUUAAGACAUUAUUUUAGCCCCGAUUUAAGUAAUCGGCAUCGCUUAGUUUUAAACGAAAAAUGAACACUGUAAACACAAAAAAUGGUCAAUAAAUGGAUCCAAUUAU